AUGACUUUCCCUUGUGGCUGGUAUCGGAUACAACUUCUCCUUUUCUGCCAGCUGGCCGCUAUCACUGGUAACCGUCCCGGGGCGCUACUGAAACUCUGCUUCCGGGAUCUCAAGUUGACAUUGAUUCGGGAUUCAAACGGAGGACGUCCUCGACUUUUCAUCUACUUGAGACCGGAAUUCACAAAAGCAUUUCUUAGUGAAAAAGAAUCGCCCUACCGGCUUAAGGAUUUAAGCUAUAUUAACGAUAUCCCCUGCGUGCGUGCCCUAGAAGACACGAAACAGGCAAGAAAGCGUAUUUAA